GAAGAUGCGGUUAGUAGUAGUUAACAUUCUCAUUCCUAGAUGUCGUUUCAUAGUAAUAUCUUGAGCAACUAUCUCGAACGAUUAUGUUGUACUCGUACUCGUCUUUCAAUUAAGAUAGUUUAGAGUACUUGAAUGUAUUCUUGCUGAGUACGUUUAUUCAAUUAUCAUGCAAUAGAUUAUAACUAUUGAUAGAUAAGUUCUUACAUUCUUUACAUUACAACAAAGUAAUCGUACAAUGGGCAAGGCAUACUACUGCGACUAUUGCGACAGAUCUUUUAAAGAUGAAGUCGAAACUCGUAAAAAACAUCUAUAUAGUAUGCAGCACACGACAAAUCGAGCGAGUCAUUACAACAUGUUCAAAGACCCGGAGACAAUAUUGAAAGAGGAAUACAGCAAAACUCCGUGUAAACGUUACAUGACCGUUGGAGACUGCGCUUUUGGUCAGGGUUGUCGAUUUUCGCAUUACACACAAUCAAUGAUAUGGGAACUUCAACAGCUCGUUGCGAUGAAAAACUCCAAACUCUCGACAGUUCAACCUAGAGACGGUUGGCCAAAUUCAGAAGAUAUUAUCAAGGAAUAUUUCGAGAACGUGAUCGACUCAAGCGGCACCGAGGAUCUUAGUUAUCCGAUAUGGAACACCCCGUCAGGAUUAAUCAAUUAUCCUUAUUUACCACCGUCUUUGCAACCCGUCACAUCGGAAAGGAUGAUGGACUGCAAUUUUAGUAAAUGGGGCUGAACUUCUUGUUUAUUUUAAAAAUAAAAAGUAUUUAUAUUCGCGCAA